GGUGAGAGAAAGUUAAUAGACAAAGACAUUGGAACAAAGAUUUGCUACCUCUGUCUAUUUCAUUAACCAAAAAAGGAAACAAGUCUUUGUUCUAAUUCUGUCUGCAAAAAAACCACACAGAGAUGGAAAAAGAAGGUCUGAAUGGAGCAGAGGCAGGGACAUCAUCUUCACUUCCUCAUGGAGACCCAUUGAACAACAAACAAACAGGAGAAAACCCUUUCAAGAUCAGGGUUUUUGAUCAUGACCAUGAUGACCAUGACCAUGACCAUGACCAUCAUCAUGAGGGUUUCUCUAAAUUUGUUCCUGGCCCUCUUCUUCCUCUUAAGGAUCAGCUUGACAAAGACAAGGAUGAUGAAAGUUUAAGAAGGUGGAAAGAGAAGUUGCUUGGUGGUGUCGAUAGCGAUUUGAAUGGACAAAGGGAUCCUGAAGUUAAAUUCCACUCCAUAGGAAUCAUGUCGAAUAACGUUGAGGAGAUCACCACUUCGUUACCGGUUGAGGAAAGUAAGAGGGGUCAUCUCCUCUUUACACUAAAAGAAGGAGUUCACUAUCGGCUUAAGCUAUCAUUUACCGUUCUCCACAACAUUGUUUCCGGGCUCACCUGCAUCAAUACAGUGUGGAAAGGAGGGAUCCAAGUGGAUCGAAUCAAAGGAAUGUUGGGUACGUUUGCACCCCAGAAAGAUGCGUAUGUAGAAACGUUAGACGAAGAGACCACCCCGUCUGGCGUUCUUGCAAGAGGAAUAUACAAAGCAAAGCUGAAGUUUGAAGAUGAUGAUAAGAGGUGUUAUUUGGAGCUGGAUUAUUCCUUUGAGAUCAAGAAGAAAAGUUAAUGGAAAAUUUUCAUUCUUCAAGUCUAAAGGCAUCAAUUCUCAGUUUUAUUUACCCUUUUUUUUUUAGCUUUUCUUAAGAUUUGAUUUUUUUUGCUCAAUCCAGAGCAAUGCUGCUGUAGCUACUUGUACCUUGUUCACUGGAAGUUGUACAUUGUUAUGGAUUCGUCAAUUUCAUCUCUUUGAAAAGGAUAACAAGUUCUUCU